AGGUAGGUAGGACCGCUUACGACCCACACAGUCCACACCUGUGGACAUGCCUCUGACGCCCGACUAAGCACCGCGCUUGUCGAUAUCGAUAGCGCCGCCUCGUUCUUAUCGUCUUCGCUGGGCAGCAGAAGUAGCUAGCGGCCGCAGGAGCUCGCGAGCUCGCGCUGACCCCAGAAGUGCGAAGGGUCCGAACGCCCGGGCACAACGUGCAGCUAGACGGUCGUUUCGAAAUGGCGCAUGGUCCAAGUCGGUCCGAAACCCCUCUCAAGAAUGUCAAAUGUUCCGUUUGCCCAAAGGCGUUCCGGUACAAUAGUCAGCUAAAGGACCACAUGACUAUGCACACCGGGGAGCGACCGUAUCAGUGCGCCGUGUGUCAAAGGGCAUUUGGACACCAAAGGGCAUUGAGCCUUCACGUCCGUGCUGUGCACUCGAAAGAAAGGCCUUUGAAGUGUGUAUUUUGUGAAAAAGGUUUCCUGCUAAGUGAACACCUUAAGCGGCACCUUCGAAUGCACACAGGUGAGAAGCCCUUCAAGUGUUCGCUCUUCAAGUACCAUACCGGUGAACGGCCGUUCAAGUGCACGUUCUGCGACAAGGCAUUCCGGCGUGAGACCCAGCUCAGGGUCCACAUGAGGGUACACACUGACGAGCGGCCCUACCAGUGCACCGAGUGUCAGAAGGCAUUCAAGCAGGACAACGCAUUGAAACGUCACGUCCGCACAAUACACUUAAUAGAAAAGUCCUUUAAGUGUGCAGUUUGUGGGAAAUGUUUCGCGGCGGCAGGUAACCUUGCGGUGCACCUCCGAACGCACACGGGCGAGAAGCCCUUCAAGUGUUCGUACUGCCCGAAGGCAUUCGCCAGUAGCAGCAACAGGAAGGUUCACCUCAGGUUCCACCACACCGGUGAACGGCCCUAUCGGUGCACCGUGUGUCAGAAGGCAUUUAAAGAGCAAAGAGGAUUGAACCUUCACGUCCGUGCUGUACACUUGAAAGAAAAGUCAUUUAAGUGUGUAUUUUGUGCAAAAUGUUUCCUGCUGUCUUCGGCCCUAAAGGUGCACCUCCGAACGCACACGGGUGAGAAGCCCUACAAGUGUUCGUACUGCCCGAAGGCGUUCGCCGACCCCAGCGCCAUCAAGGUUCACCUGAGGUACCAUACAGGUGAACGCCCGUUCAAGUGCACGUUCUGCGACAAGGCCUUCCCCGUGAUGCACGUCCUUACAACUCACAUGCGGACGCACACCGGCGAGAAGCCUUACAAGUGCGAAUACUGCCCCAUGACCUUCGCGGCCCCCUCUUCCCUGGCGCCCCACCGGACAAUCCACCUGGAGGAAAAGGGUUUCAAGUGCACCGUGUGCCAAAAGGAAUUCAGGUCGGGCGCCGACAUGAGCAGACACCUCAAGACCCACACUGGCGAGAAGUCCCACCAGUGCACGGUCUGCAAGAAGCGGUUCAGGAACGGUAGUGCUCUCAAAGCGCACCUGAUCAACCAGCAUACCGACAGUGGCCCCUACGAGUGCAGCCUCUGCCAUAAGUUCUUCCUGUUCCCGAGCUACCUCAUCAGCCACCUCGCCCAACACGGGAACACUCCGCCCUUCCGGUGCCCGCUGUGCCACAAACCCCAGGGCGCCAGCCGGGCCCUGUACCACCACCUCAAGGAGCACGUCCCCGUCAAGGCCGAGCAGCUGCCGUACCAAACACCCCGCGGACCGCCGCCUCCGGCCCCGUUCCUCUGCACCGAGUGCGGCAGGAGGUUCCGGAAGUGCGAGCGGCUCCUGCAGCACCUGUGGACCCACAUCCGGGCCGAUACCACCGCUGCUGUGUGACUGAAACCACCGGCACCAGUCGCAGUAAAAUAUACUCUUAUAAUGUAAUAAU